AUGGCAAUGAUACUCUGCAAUGUGUCGCGUCACUUCUUGAAGCAGGGUUAUCCGCGUCUCUCGAAUGGGGUGCAGAUGUUCUGCCAGGACAUCUUGGAGCCUUACUACCACGAUGAUGUGCAGCGAGGUCUCAGAAGUGGUGCCAUGUCUCAGCAGACCAUUCCUGUGUACAUUACGGAGACAUCACAGCUGCAUCCGCCCUCGAAAGCAGCGGUCAACAGCUCGCCCGUCCAGCUCCAUUCUGUGAGGGCAGGGUCAGCACUCACUAUGGACAGUCAGGGGAAUGCAGUCUCAUCAAAAACAACCCCAAGCCUAGGUAGUGCUGCUGGGGACAGUAUCAACAAAAGUAAUAGUGCAGGCAUUGCCGCUGAGGAACCCCUGAGAAGGCAGAACAAAAAUCCGAGGCGCAACAGACUGAUCAGCAAAAUCCUGAGAGCUGACUUGGCCUCGGAGGCAGCGGCAGUGCGCAUGUUUGCAGUACAAAGCAAAGCUGGGGGCCAAAGACCAGACCUCCAGUACUUCCAGGCAAAGAAGGAGCUGCUGGAGCAGUUGAAGCAGAUGGCGGUGCAGUACCGCACGCGCCCCUCGCUCAUGUCGCCGUUAGUCAGUGCCAGCGGCGCAGCGCUGGGCGCGUUCAGUGCCGUGCUGCCGCGGGGACUCAGCGAUGCCGUCAAAGGGGGUGUGGCGGAUGCGCUGAAUGAGCAGUACAAUGACCAGCUUCGCGAGCUGCGCGCAUCCGGAGCGGCCGACACAGAAGCCGCAGCACCGCUGCGAGAGGCGCUGCGCGCUCUGCGCGAUCAGCCGCGCUGCGCCGGCUCUGUCAAGGUGCCUGGUUUGGCAGAGCUGCAGCGGCCCAAGGAUCUGACAUUAGAGGAGGGCGUGGCAGGUCUGGUGAAGUUGGGGUUCAGUGGCCUGAUGAGCCUUAGUGCGCGUCUUUGA